AUGGAGGGGGAAAAAAUGCUGUCAGACUGCCUUGAAGUGGAGAAGCUUACCAGUUCCACCGCAGAGAGAUUUGAAGGUGAUCUGAAGACAUUUUGGACACAAAUGGAAGGUAGAAGAGUGGACUUCAUAUUCGAGCAGGUGCAAAACGUACUGCUGUUGCUGAAGCAAAAGAUCAAGAAUGGAACUGCCACAAACCAAGACUGCUGGCAGGCUUGGGCCCUGGUGAAUGAAGCUAAUCUAAGUGAUCUCUUAACCUCGACAAAUGUAAGCGAUGUCUUUGACGGACACGAUACACAGGAAAACAAACCCCAAUUGCAGGCUGUUCCUACAGAUGACAACGCUGCAAACUCAGUAGAAGGCUGUCACAGCAAAAAGGAGCAGAAGGGAAAAUCAGGUUCAGAGAACGAAGAAGCGUCUAGUGAAAUGCAAAAGUUACCGCUAAAGCUGCAAUAUCAGAAUCACAAGUGCUCUAGUGUGUGUCUUGCCAACAGACCAUUGGGCUCCUACAAAGGUGAAAAUCCUCUUAAGAUACCAAUACUGUUUCACUUUCAAAGACGACAUGCAAAAGCCGACUGCCUUUCAAAAUCACUGGAUGUGAAUUAUAAAGCUCCCUGUGGAAGGAGUCUGAGAAGCUUUCAAGAUGUGCAGAGUUACUUGUUUGAAACAGAGUGCAAUUUCUUAUUUGUUGAUCACUUCUCUUUCAACACAUAUGUACUCUUGGGCAGGAACACUGUAAAUCCCGAACCCCUUGUGUUUGACUUUGACAUUAGCAAUGGAGCUGAGUCGGUGCCUAUUUCCUUCUGUAAUGAUAUUGACCGUGCAAGAUUACCCUAUUUUAAGUAUCGGAGGGCAUCGUGGCCGCGUGGAUACUAUCUCAACAAUUUCUCUAGCAUGUUUGUUGACUCAUGUGACUGUACAGAUGGCUGCGUUGAUGGGUCAAAAUGUGCAUGCCUACAGCUAACUGCAAGAGGCUGUAGUGAAAUUUCUCUGUCUCCAAGUACUAAAACAUCUCAUGGAUACAAUUAUAAAAGACUGGAGGGACCUGUUCCUAGUGGAAUUUAUGAGUGUAGUGUGUCGUGCAGGUGUGACAAGAUGAUGUGUCAGAACAGAGUUGUACAGCAUGGCAUCCAAGUUCGCUUGCAAGUGUUCAACACAGAAAAGAAGGGCUGGGGCGUCCGCUGCCUGGAUGAUAUUGACAAGGGGACGUUUGUUUGCACUUACUCAGGCAGAUUAAUGAGUAGAGCUGAAGUUCAAGUAUUGGGAGGUGCUGGUCAAGAGCUGAAAGAGCAAAGUGCUGUGAAUGACAGAGGGCAUGGCGUUCUUUCCAAAAAAAGAAAACUUGACACUGGUUGCUCAGACUCUGAGGUUGAACUAGUGCAGACUGGCAAAGAUCACGUCCUUGAGGAGCAGGAGUCUUCAUCUCAGACUGUGAAUGAUGAAAACAAAUCAACUGUGGUUUAUCCAAGGAAUUUGAAUAUUGCAGCCAUGAGAAGGUCUGGAACUAGAAUAGCUGUUCUUCACAAUCACCGGCUAAAAAUGGAAAUUGAUACAGUGGUGCAGGGUGCCAGCUCAGAUGAAGAUAAUAGUUCUCAACCGCAUCAGUCGAGCAAAACAAAACUAACCACUGGAACAAAGAAAGGAAAAGAAAAGUCCAAUCAGCAGCAGAAGGAAGAACAUCUGAUGGGAACUGGACGGACUGAGCUUGCUGGUGGGGAUGGUGCAGAACGCAAAAGGAAGAGUCUCUCUCGGCAGGGUACUCCCUGUGGCCUGUCAGCUGUGCUGGAUGAUGCUUGUGCUGCGAGACUGUCCCAAAACGUACCCCAAAAAGCUGACUGUAAAGAGGAAAAACACAGGCAGUCAAAACAAAAGGCAUUUUGUGAGGAGGCUGAUGGUGACAGGGCUCUUCUGAAGAAUGCGGAUGAAGAAAAUAUUUAUAUACUGGAUGCCACAAAAGAAGGAAAUGUGGGCCGCUUUCUUAAUCACAGCUGCUGCCCAAAUCUCUUUGCACAGAGCGUGUUUGUAGAGACUCACAACAGAAGUUUCCCAUGGGUGGCAUUCUUCACAAACAGGCAUGUGAAAGCUGGAACUGAACUCACGUGGGAUUAUGGUUACGAAGCUGGGAGCAUGCCAGAGACAGAGAUUUCAUGUCAAUGUGGAUUUCAGAAGUGCAGGAAAAAAACCUUAUAAAGAAGACUCUCCUAUUGCCAGCACUUUGUGUACCUGGAGAUUCAUAUGCUGGAAGGGACUAUACAGUGAACAAUGCACAUAAACAAACCUGUGGUGCUAGUUACGUCCAACUAAAAUGCCUCCCAUCUGAUCAUUUUUUAAUUCACAUUUAAACUUCAUUUUUAUAGUUUGCAGAAUCAGAACUGCUUGUCAUAAGGACAAGCAUAAAACUUUUCAUAGGUUA